AUCGAUGUUGGUCCACCUCUGCAUAAAAUGUUUUUGUUUUAGUGAACAUUAUUAACAACUUCUUGAGCGAAUUCGUGGGAAAGUGAGGGAUACAAAGCGACACGGCUAGCAAAGGUCCUUCGAUGGAAAAGCGUCUAAAUGUGGCUGCAAUAUGGCUGCUAAUGCUGCUACAAGGAGCUAUUGUGGCUCUGGGCGAACGAACGCGAGACAAGAUGUAUGAGCCCAUUCUAGGAGCAAGCUGCUUUCGCCGACUGAAUGGCACGCACCAGACCGGCUGCUCCUCCACAUAUUCCGGCUCCGUGGGGGUGCUCCAUCUGAUAAACUCGGAGGCCGAUCUGGAAUUUCUACUGACCAGUGCACCAUCGCCCCCGUAUGCCCCUAUGAUACCACCUCACCUGUUCACACGCAACAACCUGAUGCGUCUGAAGGAGGCCGGACCUAAGAACAUCUCCGUUGUGCUGCUCAUCAACAAGACGGCCCAGAUGAAGCAGUUCUCGCAUGAACUUAACUGCCCAAAUCAGUAUAGUGGGCUAAACAUCAGCAGCGCGACCUGCGAUGCCAGCAAUCCGGCCAAGAACUGGAAUCCCUGGGGCACCGGGCUGCUUCACGAGGACUUUCCUUUUCCCAUCUACUACCUCGCCGAAAAGGACGAAAUAGAGAAGCUGGAAAAGUGCUUCGAGAAGUUCAACAACUUCAACUACGAGACACACGCCCUGCGAAGUCUAUGUGCCGUCGAGGUUAAGUCCUUCAUGUCGGCCGCCGUGAACACCGAGGUUUGUAUGCGGCGCACCAACUUGAUCAAUAACUUGGGCGGCAGCAAGUACUGCGAUCCGCUCGAGGGACGCAAUGUGUACGCCACUUUGUACCCCAGAAAACCAGUUGUUGAGAAUGGCAAUGAGACAGUCCAUACGAACGAAAAGUUCAUCCUGGUCUCCUGUCGCCUGGACACCGCCAGCAUGUUUGACGGUGUGGGUCCUGGAGCCAUGGAUUCGCUGAUGGGAUUUGCUGUUUUCACUCAGGUGGCAUAUCUUCUACGACAGUUGCUGCCACUUCAAAGCUCGUUGCCCGAUUCCUUGCGCAAUGUUCUUUUUGUGACUUUUAACGGCGAAUCAUACGACUACAUUGGAUCACAGAGAUUUGUUUACGAUAUGGAGAACUUGGUCUUUCCCCCCAAGUCCACUCAGAGCCCUCCAAUUGCCUUUGACAACAUAGAUUUUAUGCUAGACAUUGGCACACUGGAUGACAUAGCAAACAUUAAGCUGCAUGCGCUGACUGGAACAACGCUGGCGCAGAAAAUUCUAGAGCAGCUAAACAAUUAUGCCAAGUCACCCCGCUAUGGUUUCAACCUAAACAUCCAGUCUGAGAUGAGUCCCCACUUACCUCCCACAUCGGCGCAAUCCUUUCUGCGACGCGAUCAAAAGUUUCCGGCUCUGAUUCUGAACGCAAGGCCAACAAACAAGUACUACCACUCCAUUUAUGAUGAUAUGGAUAAUGUGGGCUUCGACUAUGCGAACACCAGCAAGGACUUCACCCAGCUGGCGGAAGUAAACGACUUCAAGAACUUGAAGGCAGAUUCAAUACAAAUGAAAGUGCGCAAUGUUUCCUCCAUUUUGGCCAUGGCCCUCUAUCAGACGCUUACAGGAAAGGAGUACACAGGUACCAAGGUGGCCAAUCCCGUGCUGGCCGAUGAGUUUCUUUUCUGUUUCCUGCAAUCGGCGGACUGUCCGCUAUUCAAGGCCUCGUCUUAUCCGGGCAGUCAAUUAACCAAUUUGCCUCCGAUGCGCUAUAUAAGCGUCUUUGGCGGAUCUCAAGAGUCAUCUGGCUAUACCUAUAGAGUGCUGGGCUAUCUCCUGUCGCAGAUCCAGCCGGACAUCCCUAAGGAAAAUUGCACCGACUUGCCGCUGCACUAUUUCGCCGGCUUCAACAAUAUCGGGGAGUGCCGCCUUACCACGCAGAACUACAGCCACGCACUGAGUCCAGCUUUUGUUCUUAAUGGCUACGAUUGGGCUUCCGGCCAGUACUCCACAUGGACUGAAUCAACCUGGUCACUGUUUAGUGCACGCAUAUUUCUGCGCCCGUCCAAUGUGCAUCAGAUCACAACUCUCAGCGUUGGCAUAGUGGUGCUCAUCAUCUCCUUUUGCCUGGUGUACAUAAUAAGCUCUCGCUCGGAAGUCCUUUUCGAGGAUUUGCCGGCUAGCAAUGCCGCAUUAUUUGGUUGAUGUCACAAGUACCACAGCGACGACAUCAUCGUGUUCAACUGCUCAUUCCACAGAUUUCUGCAUGCAUUAACGUUUACAGUUCUUAAAGUAGUUAGUUGGUGGUAAACCGAUCCAUUAAACACCCUGAUUUAUGCGUGCCCUUUUAGGUUGCCGCUGCCGACGGCCUGUUAGUCAGUGGAACUCCUCGAGAAAAUCUGAGCACGUGACGGAGCUCAUUGGAAGCUGAAUAGGAUCUGAAAGCAAAUGACAGACUUAAGAAAAAGACACUAAAAUGAUAUUCUAACUCGUCUAAUUUAAACCAUUAAGCAAACGUUUAUUUGUAUGUAUUUUUGUAUUUUAAACAAGUAAAUUAGCCCCUAGCGACUUUGUUGUAUCAUAUAUAGACAUUUAACCAAUUGCGACAAAAUCUGUACUUCUACGUAUGAAAUUCUUUCUACUUGUCCGGCCCGUUUUGCAUUGUAAAUAGGGAUAAACAAAUAUAAUUGAACCUCUGAGAAUGCCAAGAGAUGUCUGUACAAAUAUUGACAAGAAAUCAUACAACAAUGGAUAUAUUUAUACCUUCUGCAUCUUUUGCGAUAUUGAACUUAAUGAUCUGAAAUCAUCACUUCAUAGAAGACAAAUAAUUAUUAUAACGACUUUAAAUUAUAUAUGUGUAAUAAAUUUUGAUAAGGUGUAAAGCGA